CUCUCUAGGUGAAAAUGGGAUCUAAGUUACCACGAGCAGAGUCCAAUGACGGGGUUCGCUGUUCGCCAAUGAAAAAGUGCGCUAAAGGCCUGCUGAACAACGACUACAGUGUCAAAAAUAAGGACGACGCGCAGGAUGACGAUGUUGAGAGCUGCGUGGAGGAGGAGAAAGGCCCUGACGGAGGAUGGGGCUGGGUGGUGGUCUUUGCCUGCUUUAUGCUCUGGAUCAUCAUUGGCUCCGCGCCCGCAAACUUCGGCAUCCUGUUCUCUGGCUUCCUGACAGGGCUUCAGACUUCCUCUAUCGUCACUGCCUGGAUACAGAACCUGGGCAUGGUGCUGUCCGCCCUUGGCUGCUACUUGGUGGACCCCAUGGUGGAGGAGUUCGGGUGGCGCAACGUGUCGCUAGCAAUGGGGGUCAUGAUGGCGUUGGGCAUGUCUCUUUCUGCCGCCGCCACCUCCGCCGUCGACUUAUUCUUCACUUACUCCGUGUUGUCCAGCAUCCCCGUGGAGAUCAUCAUGACGGUGACGCACGCCAUCGUUCCGCACUACUUCACGCAGCGGAUGACUCUUGCCUGCAGCCUCACCUCCUGUGGCUCGUCCAUCAGCCUCAUCGUAAUGCCUCCUCUCCUGACGAUGCUCAUCGAACAAUACAGCUUCAGAGGAGCCACGCUUAUCACUGGCGCCCUCAUGGCCAACACCUGCGUCGCCGCCAUGGUCUUCCACCCCAUCGAGUGGCACAGCAACAUUCGUCCCUCCAAGACUGUUGCCCAGAAGGUGGAGGGGGGUGGGGCUUGUUCGCGAGUGUUUAAUUCUAUAGGAAGGAUGCUGAAGACUGCGCGUGGUAAUCUCUGGCUCUUUAGGUCCAUGCGAGCGAUCCUCAUCAACAUAAUUCUCUCCAUAGCCAUGAUGGCAUUCAGUAACUUUUUAUAUCUGGUGCCCUUCGCAAUGGAGGCUGAGGGGUACAGCCCAGAAGAGUCGAGUUUGUCCAUCUCCGUGUCCGGCUUUUCUCUCCUUGUCACCCGCUUCAUCUAUCCUAUCCUGCUCAUCCGCUUUGGUGUGAAGCACCAAAUCGGAGUCAUGAGCAGUUUGGCCAUCUGUGGCACGGCAGUAAUCGUGUUCGCGUGGGAAGACAACCUCUACGUCAAGUUGGCAAUGAUGGCAGUGCAAGGCGUGGGCGUUGGCAUGUUCUUCACGUCCUACUGCCUGGUGGUGGUGGAGGUGCUGGGACUGUCCCUACUAACACCCAUGCUCAGUAUCAACGGUGUGUUCAAGGCUUCAAUCACCCUCCUCUUGGGACCUCUCAUCGGUUGGAUACGCGACGUUACAGGCAGCUAUCCAGUGAGCCUGAGUGUGUUGGCUGGCACUUUUUACCUGGCAACCGGCCUUUGGUUCGUCCUGCCACUCGCCCGCAACUAUGAUCUUAGUCACGAGGAUCAGACGAAAAAGUUUGAGCAGUUUGGGGAAAUGGAAAGCAAGAAAAAGGAGCAGCAGCAAAAGAACGACGAGAAACUGUCGCUGUUAGAAGGAAUACCUCGCCAAGGCGAUAACGAAUGAACGUCGCAAUAGUGAACAUAGAAUAUCUCUCUCUCUCUCUCUCUCUCUCUCUCUCUCUCUCUCUCUCUCAGUACUGAGGUACUAGGUACUCUCUCUCUCUCUCUCUCUCUCUCUCUCUCUCUCUCUCUCUCUCUCUCUCUCUCUCUCUCUCUCUCUCUCUCUCUCUCUCUCUCUCUCUCUCUCUCUCUCUCUCAGUACUGAGGUACUAAGUACUGAGGGCGUUCAAAGAGCCAUCAUUGCAUGUGACUUGUGUGAGAUGGGUGAAAAUACCCCAAUAAAUGUAAAUUGUAAUUUUUUUUUUAAACAUAUGUUGAGUUAAUGCUCAUUAGAAAAAAAGAAAAAGAAAAAAGAAAAAAGAAAACUGACGAUAUCCGAUGCUGAAAACAUUCAGGAAUCAUGGCAGCCUGUGAUACAUUAAAGAUUCAAAACAAGCUUGUUGCAAGUUAUAGUUUGCUUGUUUAUUUAUUUAACUUUAUGACGAGGAUUGAGGAAAGACCAAUGGAUGACAGUACAUAGAUGCUUACAUACAGCAUACAGCAAAAAUUCAGUCCAAAUCAUUGUAGUUUUGAUUCAACAGAACUUGCAUACUAUUCUAGCCAUGCAAAUAAGUUUUCUUGUUCAAACACUUCAGAAAGACUGGGUCAUAAUGUCAAGUAAAUGUACAAGACACAGAUAGAGAUGGUUACAUAAAAAGACAGAUAAGACUAACUGAUAUGUAGCUAUGUAACUGUCAGAUGAGAUUGAUAGAUAUGUAACUAAUGUACACUACACAGAUGCCUAAUAUACAACAUACAGCAAAAAUUCAAUCCAUAUUAGUGUAGUUUUGACUACAGAACUUGCAUAAAUACAAAAUCCUAUUCUACUCAUGCAAAUAAGUUUUCUUGUUCAAACACUUCAGAAAGACUGGGUCAUAAUGUCAAGUAAAUGUACAAGACACAGAUAGAAAUGGUUACAUAAACAGAUAGAUAAGACUAACUGAUAUGUAGCUAUGUAACUGUCUGAUGAGAUUGAUAGAUAUGUAACUAAUGUCUCAGUAAAUAUGCAUGUUGAAAUAAAAGAAUAUAUACUCACAAGAAAUAAAGAUACAUGGAUGCCUAAGUGGACAACCUUUUAUGAGUUUUAAAUCAUAUUGGUAAAUUUGCCUAUUUACAAACAAAUUGACAGAGAUACAUAUACACAUAAAGAAAAAUAACAAAAUAAUAAUAAUGAUAGUAAUGUAAGCAAAAUAAAAAAAAAAAAUAAGGGAAGUAGGAAUAUCAAGAGAGAGAGAGAGAGAGAGAGAGAGAGAGAGAGAGAGAGAGAGAGAGAGAGAGAGAGAGAGAGAGAGAGAGAGAGAGAGAGAGAGAGAGAGAGAGAGAGAAAUUAUUAUGAAUUGAUACUUAGUGGACAAGGGAAACAGGAGUUUUCAGCUAAAAUAUUUUUUUUAUUUAGUUCUUAGAAAAUUACUUAAAUGCACAUAAACAGAAAAUAUGGUAACUUUUUCCUGCAUUUUAGAAUAAAAAUAAAAUGUUAGUUUUGAGAAAACUGGUUGCUCCAGUCAGGAACCUGCUGGUGACACUAGGCACUCUGAAGGCACUUAUUCCUCAUUUCUUUAUUGUGGGUGUGUCCAUCAGGCAGUCAUGAAGAUAUAUGUAAGUAUGUAGGAUAUGUGUUUAUUCUAUACUGAGAGGCCUGUCAGUGCUGUUGUGGACAUAUCAUGCAUUGUAGUUCAUUGCUACAUGAGCUGCAGUAAAGUCUCUUUUUGUUGCAUGGACAUGUUUAGGGGGAGUACCUCCAUACACAAGUUGAAAUGAUUAUUUUUUUUUUUAUAAGACCUCUUAUCUUUACUGUCAUCAUUUAAUCAGUUGUAAUACAUUCAAGAACUGGUGCUGUCCUUGUUUUCAGUAAACUUCAAUAUGGGCCAUUACUCUCAUUACAGACUGUGACAACAGAGAAUGCACUCUCAUCAUCAUUCAUGAGAUGUAUACAAGUCAUGUCAGUGAGUGCAGAUCAACACCAUCAAGCAGUGAGAAGACAAGGACAUGCAUUAGAGCCAGACUGCUGCCUGACAAAUUUGUUCAUUCUUCGUUUCUUUCUCCUUUUGCCACUCUUGUUCUUGUAUGACAAUAUCUUUUUUUAUAUCUUACCUUGAAUAGUCAUGUCAUUGUUACACUGUUAAGAAAAAAAAAUUGUGUGAAAAACAAGGUGUGUGGAGUUGACAAGCACAGGUCUAAGGCCUAAGGAUCCCUAAGUUAAUAAGCCAAUAUCUCAAUACAUGUAUUUUGAUGCCUAAAAAGCUUGUUAUAUUGAAAAAUUUAGGAUACAGAAACAAAGAUCACAUUGUGAUGGCCAUUCAAUUAAAUUGUCAUGAAACACAUGGCAAGAUUUAAAGGUACAAAACACCAGAAGUACUCAAAAUAGGACUAUAGCUUUGAAAUAUUACCACAGCAAUAUUUUUUUCCAUGGAAAAUUUAAAAUUUAAUAUUUUUGAGAAAAUAAUAAUUCUAUCCUGAAUGAUCCUUUGAUUUCUUUUCAGUAUUGAGAAUCUGCAGCAGGCCAGUCAUGUAUCAAAUGGCAAUGGUAAGUGAUGACAUGAUGAUGAUGAUGAUGAUAAUGACAAUAAUGGUGGUGUGAUGAUAAUGACAUUAAAGAUGAUAAUAUGUAAAAAAGAGUGAUGAAUCAUCAUGCUAGAGAAAAAUAAUCAUGCCUGGAAACAAAAUUCAUAAAGGAAUGAAACCAGUUUUUCAGGUAACUCUUGGAAAUUUGAGGGAUAGUGACAAUACUGUAAAGGAAAUUAGGUAAAAUAUAAUCUUUGUGACUAAUUAAUCUCACAAUUAUGAAUUGCCAUGGGAAAACAUAAAACCUGGAAAUUCUAUAUUGCAGAGAUAAAAGAUUUUACAUUCCAAUAAAAUAGCUAUAAAUAUUAAAAAUUCAGUUUAACUUAACAAUAUUCAAAUCUGCUACUGGAUAUUGCAUUGUAUCAUUUGUACAGCACCAUUUUUUGAGGACAACCUAAGGUUGCUUUUGCAAGUAUCUGAUAAAAAAGUUUUGUACUCAUUCCUUUCCAUUAUACUAGUUCCAUCUUAACCACUCAUUGUGUGUUGCAGUAUUGCUGCUCAGAACCAAUUUUAGAUAGCUAACUUCUUUACAUUUCAAUGACAAUCUUUGAUCUUUUCUGCAUGAUAUUUGAAUAAUUCACAAUCUUUAAUUCUAUUCACAGAAGAUGACUUGCUCUCUUUGUCUCUACCUCACUUGUCUCAGUUGGCAGCACUACCCUAUGGCACAGCAAGGGACACUACCUUCUCACAUGAAAAAGAUCCUAAACAAUCACACAUCUGAUUGUCUAAUCCCCUUAACAAAACUGGAAGUGUCAAGUUGGUUUUCUCUCACAAUAAUUAAUUUUCCUCCCAUAUUCUUAAAUCUCAAAACCCCCAGAUGAAAUGUGAGUAGGCUAAAUAAAUAAAAUUUCUAAUUUUCUUGAUUUUAAAUCUUGAAAAAUGAGCAAUUCUUCCUGACUCUUCUCUCAUGUGCAGCAACCCUGACCCGUUACUGUAGUUGGCAGCUUACUGUUUCUUCUUGCCCAGCUUGGGAAGGAUGCCCAUGUACUUGCAUAUAAUACUUAGCAUGACCUCAUCUGCUCCACCACCAAUUGAUACAAGUCGCAUGUCUCUAUAGAAUCUGCUCACAAUGACCU